AUGAGAAACACCUCAGACUCGUUCCCAUGGGUGGACAGAGAAUACUUGCAGACACAGGAGUCUGGUGUCAUUUGUGAAGCAGACCAGAAGAGCCAAGUAUGUCAAGGUAAUCACAGUUUCCACUGGGUUCAGAACAACAGCAGGUGGACAGACAUAAAGGACGAUGUAUGUGUUUUCAUCAAUAUAACAUCUGUAAGAGCCACCUGGUUUGAAGGUCAAAGGUUAUGCAGUGAAACUGGGGGAAAACUUCUGAAGAUAGAAAACGACACCGUACAGGAAAAAAUGGAAAAAAUGCUCAACCAUAACAGUGGGUCGCGGUAUUAUUGGAUCGGAUUGGUUCACAGUGAAUGGAGAUGGGUGAAUGAUGGCCCCAUUAAACUGAUGUUUUGGAGACCGACCAUGUAUCCACCAUAUCACACAGGACCAGCUUGUCUUGCCCUGGAAGGGAAUGCAAGUGACGUCACCAGAAGCUGGUUGAUGAAAGAUUGCAGCGAGACGCUGCCAUAUAUCUGUGAAUAUCCACUAGGUACUGAAGUGCCCCAUACUAGUGGGAUGAUAGCAGGUAUUGCUAUUUCAUUAGUGAUCAUCUUGGUAAUUGUCGGCGUCGGCUUUUGGUGGAGGAGGAAAAGAAAGACUAAUACACAUAUCACCAAGGCCUCUGUUCUGUAUACCGACGAGACAGCUGGGUCUUACUAUGACCAUGUUGCGACAGAAGACGGUCUGGAUUCCCAGACACCGAAAAGAGAAACUCGUCCUUAUUACAAGGAAUUGGUAACUAGGGCGGCUUACGAUUCAAAACAGGCAAAACAUGGCGAACAAGCACAAACAGGAUCUGCUGAAAUUGAUAACGUCACGAAUGAAAACAUCGUGGUAGGAGGCACAAAUGGUGUCCAUGCUGGGCACAGAGUUUCAGACAGAAACAGCAACAUGAUAGGAAGCGGAACUUACGCAAGUAUUGACCGCGAUGAUGGAGCAGAUUUAAAAGCAGAUUUCGGGCGAAGUUUUGGCACCUACUCUACUAUGGAUGACGUCAACGUGCCUCACUUUACGUCACUAGAUGCUACCAAAGGCAUGGGGCGUGAGCCUCCGUCCAGCGACAAUGACAAUGGCAAUAAAGUCACUGACAGCGCUUUAAGUGAAGACGACAUUUCCCAACUUUAUGGAAAAGUAGACAUGGCAAAAAAGAGGAAGUAUCGUCAGCAGCAUGAAGGAUAUCCAGACGAUACCAUUGACGAAAUAGAGAUGACUGAAAAUGAUAUAUAUGGGAAAUGAGCAGUAGUAUCUUUUGUAUAUUAGGAGAUCAAAGGAUUUAAAGGCCAGCUAACACUUUACUCUCAAAACCACCUGUAUACUUUUAAAAUGCUUAAGAAUAAAUCUGUUACCCGCA